CACAAAGAAGACAACACAGUUCGGUGUUAGGUAAUGGAGUUGCGUUUGUUUUUGUUGUAUUCAGUAUAUAUACGGGGAUGAAAAUAGGUGCCUUACAGUUAAUACGUUGAAUCUUCGACACCGGAAACGUUUCAUUUAUGGAGAGGUUGUGCGCUAGAAAAUGGUUAGAAGCUCAGAAGUGCAAAUAUUUGCUGAUACAGUGUGCUAACAGUGGAGCUGUGUCAAGACCAUGUAGAUUUCUUAGUUCAGCUGAAGUGUCAGCGGCACUGAGGCCAUUUUAUUUUUCCGUUCAUCCAGACCUGUUUGGCCGAUAUCCUGCAGAAAGGAUUGUUAAUGAAAAUUCUUUAAAACAAUUGAGCUCUUACAUCGAAACUUUGCAACAGAAUCGUCCCACCAGACCAACCACUGUUACUUUCUACCUAAGGAACCAGAAUACGUUAGAUACUGGAACAUUUCGUUCGGUGAGAAUUAGCUUAGCACAGCGAGACUUAAGAAAAACUGUAUUAUCAAUUUUGAAAACUUGUGGCUUACCGACAACUUAUGUGGAUAAUAUUGAACCACAUCCAGAGAAGCCAAGAUUCGAGAGACUGAAUGUGAAGGUUGAUGAAAAUGAUCCAGUGUAUGGAAGUUUUGUACUUAAACAGCAGAUAAAGAAAGCUAAAGAUGCUGAGAAGUUGAUGAUUUGGCUCAAGAGUAAUGUGAGUGAGGCACUGAGGAAGCUUGCUGCUUGCCAGCCAGUGCGAGAGGAAAUUGUACGGCUGCAGAAAGGGCUUUGUGACACUUUGGGUGUGCAGAGUGUAGUUUGGGAUUGCGGUUGGAAUGUGACACAUUUCCGUGGCUGCUUGCUAAGCUUCCAGGCAUUGGCUCGUCACCACCCGAACAUCAUGCAUACCUUAAAAGGAAGGAAACUAAUUUUUGGUAAUGACACGGGAGUCAGUUUGGAUGGCCAUGUGAUGCUCAAUAGUGGUGAAGUGAGGCAUAAUUGGCUUGAUUUAAUAAAGAAUGUUCAUAAACAAGAUGCAGUACUUUACCGAAUUCCAGCAUUUGAAAAGGCUGUGUCAAGAGUUUUACGUGAUAUUAAAGUGGUUCGCAGGAAAUUUCAACCGAAAGUUAUGGCCAAACAGUAUGAAAACCAGUUGCGGCGGUUAACAACAUCAUUAAGCGAUCAUCAGGGACGCAUGGGUUAUCCAAAGGACUGGCCAGACAGUUUGAGCAAUUUUGAACUGGUUGUUGAAACGGAGGCAGGUCCACUGAUGCUGUCCCCAACUGGUCAGUUCAUUGUACCUUCCUCUUGCCCAGCAUUUCUUCUCGUCGCGUUCUUGAGUGAGAAUUUAGAUGCGGCCUCACGGCUGCUUCAGCGUUAUCAAAGAAACAAAUACGUGGAACGUGAUCUGCAUCAGCGCUGUGUGGGGGAAUUUGAGUUGGCAGCCUUGCAGAAAGAUGACAACAUUACACCUGAUCUGAUGAUUGAAUGUUGUGAUCGGCUUUUAAGGCACAAAACUGUGUUGUCUCCUUCACUGAAGGGAGUUCAUUUGUGGGUAACAAAUUAUUAUUCUGUUCUAUCAGAUGGAGAGGUGUGUAUCCCAUGGAACUGGAAGCUAUAAUUUUAGCUGGCCUUGUUAGUGUCAUGCUGCAGACUGAAAGUGCAGUGACGUACAAAUACAUCCUGACUUACCGCAUUCUCAGUUAAAUAGAUGCCUAAAUGAAUAUUGUAUUAAUGGGAUUUCACAGGGAUCUUAUUAAUUUGGUGCUUUUAGUGAAAGCAAAAAAAUACUGAGAUUAUUUGUUAAAAACAAAGAAUUAGGAGCCAUAAAUGAUGAAAAAUGUAUAGUUAGACAAAUAUUAUGUUUCACACUGUUCAUUAUCUGAGGUGUAUUUGAUGUGCACUUUUUUAACUGGUUCUUCAAAGCCCAUUCUGUUGUAGUGGUUAUACUGGAUGGUAAGAGAGAGACAUUGGGAAUCUUGCUGAUUCAUUCACACACACAGCUGAUUAGGUGGCAAGGCAUUAGGCUAGUUAAACUUUGGCUUUGGGCCAACUGAUUCCAAGAAUGUGGGUGCCAUGCCCACAUUGUGUGGUGCGCUGUUGAUAUAUGACCAUCCUGUGUAAAGGAUUUUUGGUAAAGGCUGUGCCAGACCACCACCAGCCAUGUCUUAACCUUGCGCCUAAUGAUAACACACUGAAACUAAUUAAUACACUAUAUAAAUUGACUACUGCUAAAUGUCCAUCUGUUACGUAUGAAUAACUGAUACAGUUGAUUCAUUCAUGUGCACACAUACAAUAGUCUUUAGUACAGCCUCCCCAGUCACUGGUCAGAAUAACUGGUUAGUCUACUGCGUAUUUAGGCCAUACAAGUCUGUUGUCAGAUAUAUAUAAUCUGCAUAAACUGUUACACUGUGUUGUCAUUUUGUAUGAUCCAUGAGGACCGAAUGUUUAGAAAUCUGUUUGACAAAUCAUUGGCACUUGUUAAAUGUUGCAUAUGAAAUACUUUUACAACUUUUAAUACAGUGUGUCCUAAAAGGUGUGUUGGAGUUUCAGAAUAUUCUGUGUAUUAAACAGAAUGUGUUACAUACAUGGAACAUGAAAUAAAUUGAAGAACAACUCAAAUAGUUUUUUCCAUAUGUUUAUCGAAGUUCUAUGUGGGCGCCAUUGGUAGCCCUGCAAACAUCUAAGCGGUAUUGCAUUUCCUACCACACUCGACCAAGAACAUCAGAAGAGACAGAUGCUGCAGCUUCUCUGUGUUUCAAAUGUUGAAUGUUUUGAAUAUGAACACUGCAGACGAUUUUCUUCACAUACCCAUAGAAAUAAGAAUCCAGGUGUGUCAGAUCUGGAGAACAUUUGCUUCCAGCCGCCCCUUCCAAUCCAGUGCCAUGGAAAUAUCUUGUCAACAAAUUCUGUAACAGUGUUUGCAUAGUGCACAGGACCACCAUCUUGCUGAAAGAUCACGUCAUCAAUUUAGGGUACUGCAAACACUACCAUCAUGUCUAUGUAAUUAUGUGAUGUCACAGUGCAUUCAACAAAAUCAUGGAGAUGUUCAUUAGUUAUAUUACAUUGUGCCAGUGGACAUGUCCCAAAACCUGAAAAGUGGCCUCAUCACUGAACAUUACAUGAUAUAAAAACUGCUGGUCCUUGUCAAUUUCGUUAAGAAUAUCCACAGCAAAAUCCUGUCUUUUGUGAUUAUCACCUGGGCAGAUUGCAUGUAACAACUCCGGUAAAACGUGGACAUUCUUCCAAAACCCUUAUGAACAGUUGUUUUUGAAAGUCCUAAUUCUUGAGCACACUUACAUGCUGAUUUCUUCGGACUGCAGAUAAAACUGUUUCGAAUAUUUUCCACUGACUUAUCGCUAACAGAUGGUCUUUCAGAACGCUGUUUGUCCAGUAGGUUUUCCAUCUCUUUCAUCUGUCUAUCCAAAUGACAAAUGCUGUUUUCAUGUGGUGGUUCUUCAUUAAACACAUACUGGUACUCAUGUUGCACUUGAGUCACAGGUUCAAAUUUUACAAGCCACAAAACAUACUGCACUUUCCUUUGGACUGUCACCAUUGAGUGAGCGUAACCUUGGAUGCAUUGUGCGUGCAACUUCUUGCCCUCUUUCACACCCAACCUUUAUCCAUGUAUCUGUCGUGUUUCGUUCCAACAAUCUAAUUGUUUGAAAACCCACCAUGACUUUUGGGAGACACUGUAUGAUAUAGAAAGGUGUAUAUGUGCUGUGGCACCCCUCGUAUAUUCUGCAUUAUGUUUAGCAUUGAGGUAUGGAUGGUGGCUUGAUUAAUUGUGAGUGUGUAAUAGAGUUAACUAUGCAAUUAUCAUGGAGUGUACAUAAUGGUUUUACAGUAAUUUAAUUCUUGUAUAUACUAUGUACAGCAUGGACUGAAAGGUAUAGCUGCUGUGAAAAUCUGUCUUAGACCUCUAGUGUAAUGGAAGAAUCACUUGGUUAUGACUCCUGUACCUCAAACACAGACAUGAGGGGAGUGUAUCCAAGGUGACACAGUGGGGGUGCAGUCUCUGUCAGCCAGAGCCAUUGCUUGGUGAGAGUUGCUUAUAGUUGUCACCCUUCAGGGUUUCCCGUGAUUCCACGUGGGAUGGCCAGAGGUAUUUGAGGGUGUUUGAUCCUUUUGUGUUUAUUCAGUUUGUGGGUCAUGUGGUACCUCAGCAGCCUCAUUAUUUCUGUCGAUGUCUGUUAUAUAAAGGAUCAAGAGAAGACAAUCUUGACCUUUUUGAUAGAGUUCAUGAUCUGCUCCCCAAACUGUAUUCUAGGGAGACACCUUGGGUACACUUAGCUACCGCCACUCAAGGUGCUAUCCUGUACUCGGCCUGUGCAGACUAGUAAUACCUGGGAAUUUCAGU